GCAUGGCGCUGCGACUCCAUUCGAUUGCCGAUGACGCGUGGGCGCAGUUUCGUGGCCUUGCUGCAGUUGCUCUUGCUGGGCGUCCGAUUGGGUAGCGCUCAGAACUAUUGUAAUCCCGCACUUUGUCCGGCCGGACUGCGCCAUGUCGUCUGCGGCAAUAGCGGUCAAUUUGCGAGCGGCUGUCGGGGCGAGUUCGUCCCACUCGAUGCGCACAUUCCGCUCAUCCUGAAGGAGCACAACGAUCGACGCAAUCUGUUGGCAGGCGGCGGACUGAGCGGCUUCCCCAGCGCCCUCCACAUGGCGACCAUGUCGUGGGACUCGACGCUCGCCCAGGUGGCCGCCUACAACACGCUGCAAUGCCGCAUGGCCCACGACGAGUGCCGCAACACGAACACCUAUCGCUACUCCGGCCAGAAUCUGAGCAUUCUCUUCACGCUCAACAUUGAUACGGCCACGUUUCUGCGUCAGCGCAUCGCUGCUUGGUUCGAGGAAUAUCAUGAUGCCACCAGCGCCGAUGUGGAAGUCUAUGUGCCGCGUGGCGGACCUGCCAUCGGCCACUUCACGACCAUGGUGAAUGAGCGCAACAAUCGUGUUGGCUGUGCCGUUGCCCGCUUUACGGACGCAAAUGGCUUGGGCAACACGCUCCUCGCCUGCAACUAUGCGGUAACAAAUGUGCAGAACAAUCCGAUCUAUCGGGCCGGACCACCAGCCUCUGAGUGCAUCAAAGGACGCAAUCCCAGCUACACCAAUCUCUGUGCGGAAAGUGAGGAAUAUAGCUACAAUACGUGGGCCAGUCGAUAAGGAUAUCAUUUCAUUUUCAAUUCAACUCAAUUUCUCCUCCACUAACAAUAUUUACCUACUUUUCUAAGCCCAAC